AAUAGACAGGACGCAAAGUCCACAUAGUCAAGUUCCUGCAGAAACUGUUGUUCUCUAUAUCGCCAUGGCUGAUGAUUCAAACGAGAACAAAACCACCAUACGGAUUCUAUGUCGCAAACUUCUGCUGAUCACAAAAUCCGAAUCAGGAAUACAAUGGCUGAUUGGUUCCCCGUUUCUCCCUACGUUCACCAUCGUCUCAACCUUCAGAUGCAUCAACACCCUUACUUCCGAUCCCCUGUCCCCGGAUUUCUCCAAAGAAUCAGAUGAUAUGCGGGCAUUGUUACCAAGGGGAUUCGAGGUAAUCGGAUCUUUGAUUGUUAGUACCAGCAAUCCAAAUGUGGAAGGGUCUGCCCGGGAUGCUAUAAAUGCCUCAGGUAAAAUGAGGAAGGCCCUUUCACAGUUGGAGAAUCGUAGUUUAGUUGGAGCUGUAGUGGAUCCAAGCUCUGGAGACAUUCGGUUUUUUGUAUCGAACUCUGUAGUUGAACCGGUAACUUCCAUUGUGUUUGAAGACCAUCCGGAGAAGUAUGUUUGGGAGAGAGGUUGUAUACUGCACUGUGAACUUCCAAUCAAGUUGCCAGUGUAUUAUUCUGUAAAGGAUCCAAAAGAUGCAGAAAACAUGCUAAAGCGUGCAACUGAGGCUGUUGCAGCCAAAUUUAGAGACCCUAAAACAACAUACGUGCUAGAAACAGUCGAUGAAUCCAUGACUGAAGCAUUACAGCCUGUAAUUAUUCAGAACAGGGAUUAUGAUCUUGAGGAUACCUCUCAAAAAUCUAAUACAAAGUCUUUAUUGUGCUCACACCUUUGUUCUGAAGAUAGGAAACACAAAUCUCCUUCAGUGGAGAAUGCAGAUAAAAUCCAAGUAAGCUUAUUUCUUGCUACAUCAGGACCCUCUGUAAAACCUCCUGCCCCUUCUGCUGAAUAUAUUCCAGGUGAAGCCAAGCUUCUGGUUGUUGAGUAUAAACUAAAAGUUAUCUGUUAUGCAACAAAGGAUCUUCUUCUGAUGGAUGCAAUUUCAAAAUUAAUUAUUCCUGGGUUAGUUGACCAGUUACAUACUAUGAAGAACAUGACCUUACCCAAUCUAUUAUCUCAACACCCAAAGCUACAUCCAUAUCACUUCAUUCCUCCAGGAUUCCUGCAUCCAAUAACUGCCAUUUAUGAUUCACUUUAUGGCGAAACAGAAAUGAAGCAAGUUGAAAUCAGAAAAUGUCUUCAUAUGAGGCUUGGAUUACCUUUAGAUCGUCCUCUUUUGAGAAUUGCAAGUGCCAUUGACUUUUUGACUGCAAAAGAAGGUGCAAGUGGCAACCUCUUGCGGAAAGGAACUCCUCUGCUUAAGGAUGUGCACAUUGGGAUCCCAAGUAGUGGAGUUCAUGGUGGAGUUGUAUCUCUGGUUCAAGGCUCUUAUGAGUAUUAUCAUUACCUUCAAGAUGGCUUUGAUGACUCGGGGUGGGGUUGUGCUUAUCGCUCUUUACAGACCAUAGUUUCAUGGUUUAAAAUCCAACAAUACACAGCUAUUCAUGUUCCUUCACACCGUGAAAUACAAGAAUCACUUGUGGAAAUUGGAGAUAAAGACGCUUCAUUUAUCGGGUCAUGUGACUGGAUUGGUGCCAUUGAACUAAGCUUCGUUUUGGACAAAUUACUCGGUGUAAGCUGCAAGGUCAUAAAUGUCAGAUCUGGAGACGAAUUACCCGAAAAAUGUAGAGAACUGGCUAUGCAUUUUGAGACCCAAGGAACACCCAUCAUGAUAGGUGGCGGGGUUCUUGCGUAUACCCUUUUGGGAGUGGAUUAUAAUGAAGCAAGUGGAGAUUGUGCAUUUUUGAUACUUGAUCCUCAUUACACGGGUAGUGAUGAUUUAAAGAAAAUAGUGAAUGGUGGUUGGUGUGGAUGGAAGAAAGCGGUUGACAGCAAGGGCAAACAUUUCUUCUUGCACAAUAAGUUCUACAAUCUCUUGCUACCACAGAGGCCAAACAUGGUUUGAAUUAUUAUUGAUUUGGCCAUAUUCCAAAAAUACCCCUCUUUUUUUCUUUGAUUUGUUUCUGCGGAAAAGACUUGUUUUAGUCGGUGUAUAUUGGGUUAUAUUUGUAUGGGUGGUGUUGUUUGAGUAAGAAAGGCGAAAAUGCCCCUCCUGAAAUGAAGAAUCAUGAAUAUGUUGCAUUUUUGUUUUUGUUUAAUAUGUAUUGCAAAAUGAAAAGGUUUUGAUGGAAAUAAAAAGAGAAAUGAGAAUAAGACCAA